UUAGUUUGGCGGAAGUUCAGAGACGUCAGCAUGGAGAAGGGGAAAGCUGAGAGAGAAGCAAUGCUUUCAGAGAGAUGAGGCAUCUAGGAUGGCGGACGAAUCGCUCACGUUGUUUGUAAAGCUGUUCGCCGCUGGAUUUUAUGGAAUUAGCUCCUUUCUCAUCGUUGUCAUUAACAAAAGCGUUCUGACAAGUUACGGAUUUCCCUCUUCGAUAUGCGUUGGGAUAGGUCAGAUGCUGGCCACAUUGGUCGUAUUACAGGUGGGAAAGGUCCUAAAGGUGAUCUCCUUCCCCGACUUCGAUCGAAGUAUACCUCAGAAGACAUUCCCUCUACCUCUCCUUUUUGUAGGGAAUCAAAUAACUGGACUGUUCGGAACUAAAAGGCUGAAUCUGCCCAUGUUUACAGUCCUGAGGAGGUUUUCUAUUCUCUUCACAAUGCUUGCCGAGGGCAUUCUUCUGAAAAAGAAAUUUUCUCGGCCUGUUCAGCUCACUGUAUUUACUAUGAUCCUGGGAGCUUUUGUAGCUGCAAGUGCUGACUUGUCAUUUGACUUACAAGGAUAUGUGUUCAUUCUAUUUAAUGAUGUCUUGACAGCAGCCAAUGGGGCAUUUGUAAAACAGAAGCUUGACUCAAAGGAGCUGGGAAAGUAUGGCCUGCUGUACUACAAUGCUUUAUUUAUGAUCCUGCCGACCCUUCUUCUGGCUCAGGUCACUGGAGAUGUUGAAAAGGCUUAUAAUUUCACAGGAUGGUCAGACACCGUAUUUGUUGGUCAGUUUGUUCUAUCUUGUGUAAUGGGGUUCAUCCUGAUGUACUCCACAGUACUCUGUACACAAUACAACUCUGCACUAACAACAACCAUUGUUGGUUGUGUAAAGAACAUAUUAGUGACCUACAUUGGAAUGGUCUUUGGAGGGGACUACAUUUUCUCAUGGACUAACUUCAUUGGUUUGAACAUAAGCAUUGCAGGAAGCCUGGUGUACUCGUACAUCACUUUUACUGAAGAGCAGAGCAAAAGGCAGAGUGAAAGUGCUGGAAAGCUGGAAGCAAAGGGGAAGAUCGCUGUGUGAUAUGCACUGGAGGACUUGUUUACUUUAGCACAGUGUUACACAUUUCUCCAAUUCUCCUCUUACAUCUUUUUUUCCUUUUAUGCUAUCAGCAUUAAUGAAUAACAUGCCCAAUGCUGUCAGCAUGAUUCAAAGAAGCAGCAGACACACCCAUCUGCCAAUACUGCCAGAAAGUGUGGAUGGCAUGUCUCCAUAGACAAAAGAAUUUGGUUACUGUUGUAUGGCCACUGUUGUUAUUGUUUGCAAAAUGUACACAAGAGAACAGUUUUUAGAUGCAUUUUCUUUUUACUCUCAGGCUUUCAUUCUCUGGGUUUUUUUGUUACAUGAGAUUAAUAUUUUAAAGCGGUUUUAUUCUUUUCUGUUUGUUUUUUAACUUGUCAUUUCUAUUUAAAAGGGAGACACUGUACUGUGCACAGUCACCAAAGGGCUUGAAUUCUUUCUCUGUUACGUUUAUAAAAACUCCUUCAAGUCCUGAUCAGCUGACAUUUGAGGUAGUCAUAUCUCUGUCUGUAUGUACACAUAUAUGUGAAGAAGAAUGUUCUUGAUAAGCUCCCCUUGAGAUGAGCUUGGUCAAGAAUUGAAUGUUUGGUCAUAACUUGUCAGAAUAUUCUCUUCAGUAUUUGGACACAUUUAUCAUGACAUUUAAUCUAUGUAUUUGGAGAAGUAACAUGCAAGUUGGUCUAUUUUAUUUUAUUUUUAUGGUAUUGUUGACUUUUAUUGUUUUAUUUUGGUACAAAUGGUCUGUUUAUUGCACUUUCACAGUUUACAGAAGCUUAGGUGAGUGUUUUUUGUAGAUUUGUGUGAUCGGAAAGGGUAAAUAAAUGUAUAUUUAGAGUUGCCUUAACCUAGCAACACAUGGGAGGCAUUGAAAAGAUACUUACAAGUUUAUAUAUCAGAAUCACAAUGUGACCAUAUUUAUACAGUAGCCUACUUAUGGAAUGUAGUCAAUGCAUUUGACUCCUAAUUCAAUACUCCAUCCCAAACUCCUAAAUCCAGUAAACUUUUGUUAUAGGUUACCGAAUUUUGGAAUUGGAUCACCAUUACUUUUUUUCAUACAUUUGUAGACCCUCAAUUUAUUGUGUAUGUCUCCUUAUAAGUGAUGUUAAGACGGGGCACAUGGUACACAGAAUUUGUUCAAAUUACUUGAACUUCAUGUCAUGUUUGUAAUGAUGUGCUGAAUCUGCAGUCUGUUGGAAACAGUGCCCCAAUGAGAGGCCUGAUUUUAAAUGGUUGACCAGAGUUUGUGCGUGAAACAAAAACCUGGCCUCAGUUUAUUCCUCUUUUUACAAAGAUCUUUUCCCUUUUUGUACAGAGAUCUUUUUAUAUUGCGGAUUGAAUGAAGUGCACUGUUCUGUUUUAUUCCUAUGUGAUGACCUCUGUUGAUCUGACUGAAUGUACAGACUCAACAGAGAACUUUAUUACAAUGGAACAUGUGUACAGUACUGAAGUAAAAUACCUCAGUAACACGAA